AUGUUUAGGUAUGCUUGUCUGCUAAUGCUACUGUGUUCACUUGUGGGUGCUAAGCCGUUGUCUUGCCAGGAAGACGCACAGUGUUCGGAAGGAUACUACUGUGAGACACAAGAUAAAAUAUGCUACCAAUGCCUGCAGUGCGAAGAUUUGAACCGACUCAUGCCGCUGCUUUAUGCAUUUGAAUCAUGUAUAAAGUCCGUUCAUGAUUGUGGACCUUGUUUUGAAGGUUUUAUCAAUAUCUAUGAAGAGCAAGCUGAAGGGAUGUGUGUAUCACCAGAUAGGCUAGACAACGAACAAAGUAAACUAUUUUGUUUUUACAUUUGGAUGACUGCGGCGAUUGCUGGCUCUCUCAUCGUGUUCAUUUUCAUCUAUGUCAUAUGGAACACCUACGUGUUUAAAAUUUCACCUUUUGAUUAUCCUGUUCCUAUAAAACUACCAAAAUCUACUGAAUGGGUAGUCGACUUCAAAUUUGUCACCCUGGAAUAUACCAAAGCAAACAUUGUUUCAAUAUAA